CGAUUAGUGCUUCAAGUGCUUUUGAUUUGAUUUGCGAUGACUUUCGGCCUUUCCUGUUGUUUCGGCUCGGUGUUGUUGAAAUCAAGGCGAAGGCUUUCGACCGUGAAACGACUUGUUGUCUGGAACAAGUAAUCGCCGGGCACAGUUGGGACUGCUUUCUUUCUCCUCAUAAGCACUUUUGCUAAAAUGGGAUUGUGGACUGUAUUCCAAGGCUUCAUGCUGCUCGCAAACGCAUUCGCCAUACUGAACGAAGAUCGGUUUUUGGGUCCGAGAGGGUGGACCUUGCUGCAAUUGCAAGGAGGGAGGAGAACUACGCUUAAGGGGCAGAUCAUAGGAUUUAUACAUGCAUGCCAAUUCUUCAGAUUUCCUCUCAUAAUUUUGAACCUAGUUACUAUUGUAGUGAAGCUCAUCUCCGGGUGAAAUGCUUUGUGUGAAUUAUGUGUCUGUAAUUUGUUACGAAUUUUCGCCAAGUUACAUCCUGUUUUGUUCUUGGGUUUGAGUCCCAACUACAAAUUCAGUAUGUGGGUGUGUUGUUGAUCCAUGGCUUUAUUGUUCUACAUUACACACAGUUAUUUAACUGAAUAUCGUUCACAAAA